CUUCGACGACGUCCACUUCACUGCCGCUCUCCUGACAAGAUGCUGUGGUCCCUUGGUCGAUAUAUCAGCUCAACGAGUGGUGCUGGGGUGAGGUGAGUGAGGACUGAGUGAUGUCGUCGGCAUAUCGGCAGGGCAGCACCCAGGACAUCUCGCAGGCCCGCAUCCUGAGCGUCCAGUCCCACGUGGUCAACGGCUACGUGGGCAAUAAGGCCGCCAUCUUCCCUCUGCAACUGCUCGGCAACGACGUCGACUUCAUCAACAGCGUCCAGUUCGUCUCCCAGUUCGUCCACCAGGGCCAGAAACUCAGCGGCGAGGAGCUGAGGACGCUCCUCGACGGACUGCAGAAACACAACCUCGGCAACUACCAGUACUUCCUCACCGGCUUCAUCGGCCAGCCGUCCUUUCUAAGGGAGGUGCUGGCCUUCAUCAAGUCGCAGAAGGCCAACCCUCCCCUCUCCCUCUCCCCCUCCCCCUCUGCCCCCAUAUGGCUGUGCGACCCUGUGCUGGGCGACAACGGCAAGCUCUACACGGACGAGGCGCUCAUCGACAUUUACCGGACCGAGGUGCUGCCCGCGACCGACAUCAUCACGCCCAACCAGUGGGAACUCAGGUGGCUCACCGGGCUGCCUGCCGACACACUCGACGACCUCAUCAACUGCUUCCAGCACCUGCACGUCAACGGCCCGCGCAUCAUCGUCGCCACGAGCGCCGCCAUCACCACGCCCCAGUGCGAGGGCGACCAGGGGGGCGGCAUGGUGCCCUCGUCGCUCUAUCUGGUCGCCUCCGAGUACCGGGGCGCUGGCGACGAUGCGGCGCUCGAGCACGGCGCUGACGGGCGGAGGCGUGUGAGGCGAGGCGACAUGGAGUGCUGGUCGCUCAAGUUCCCCAACCUCGACUUGGCCUACUACGGUCAGGGUGACCUCACGGCCGCCCUGCUGCUUGCCAACUAUCACAAGUACAGGCGCAACCUCGCAAGGACCAUCGAGGUCACCCUGGCGGCCGUGCAGGUCAGCCAGAGCAGGAGUGGACGACGGCGGGACGGGGAUAGAAUAUGGUGUGCGGCGCUCUCUCUGUCUCUCUCUCUGUGUGUGUGUGUGUGUGUGUGUGCAGGGUGUGAUAGAGCGGACUCUGAGGCUGGGUGACGAUCGCGUGAAUCUGGACAUAACGGGUAGCCAGGCGGAGAUCCUCAACCCGACCGUCGUACACAAGGCCGAGAGGAUACCCACCUGAAAACGACAGACAUGAUGUGAUGGAUGUGACCUUUCUGAAGAGACAGACGGUCUUGCUGCUGUCCGAAGG